AUGGCACCCUCACGAGUACCCCAAAAGCGAAUACUCGCCGAUGCAACGAACGCUCGAAACAAUGUCCCAUCCACACCCACAUCCUCGAAAAAGAGGAAACUCGAACCUAUCGCCUCCUCCCCCGCGGCACGAUUCAAGAACUCCCAGAAUGGACCAAAGGGGAAGUUAGCUUCGAGUCAGCCCAGUCAUUUCGAGACGGAGGUUUUGGAGAAGAUGACGCAGGAUAUGGCGGGAUUGAAGAAGCAUAAUUCGGAGAAGGAUCAGCAGUGGAAACGGCCUGAACUGGGGGAGUUUGAUCCGCAGACGGAGAUGCUGUCUUUUCAGCAGAUUGAAAUCGAGCAGGGAACUUUGAGGGGAGGUAGGGCGACGGCGAAGUUGUAUGGAGUUACUGAGAAUGGUCACUCCGUCUUACUUCACGUCACUGGAUUCUUACACUACCUAUACGUUGAAGCUCCGGUUGGAUUCAAGGUGUCGGACUGUGAGAAAUUCAAAACGUUCCUCGAUUCCCAAGUUGCCCAGAGCGGUCCUGCGAUACACUCAGUAAAUCUGGUCAAGAGAGAAAGUUUAUAUUACUACAAGGGAAACCAGCAGUUUGCUUACAUCAAGAUUACGGUCACCUCUCCCAAUUAUGUUGCGACCGUCCGAGGAACAAUCGAGCGAUGUCAAGCCAAUUAUCAGAGAAUGUGGAAACCGGUGUUGGAUAAUGAAGGGAAAGGGCAUAUCCAGACGUAUGAUAUGGUGGAUUAUCUUACGCGGUUUAUGAUUGAUUGCGAUAUUGCCGGAAUGUCUUGGGUCGAAGCACCUCCUAAAUCCUAUACAAUGACACCAAAACAUGAAAGACAGUCCAACUGCCAGAUAGAAGCAGAAAUCGAAUAUCGAGAUCUCAUCACUCAUAAGCCGGUUGGCGAAUGGGCGAAAAUGGCGCCACUGCGAACACUUUCUUUCGACAUUGAGUGCGCUGGUCGCAAAGGUAUCUUUCCAGAAGCCGAAAUAGAUCCCGUCAUUCAGAUAGCGAACGUUGUUACUCGAUACGGAGAGAAGAAGCCAUUCGUUCGAAAUGUCUUCUGCUUGGACGCUACGAGUGUGAUAGUCAACACUCAGGUGCUCACAUUCAAACGAGAAGAGGAGCUGCUUGCGAGGUGGCGAGACUUUCUAGAAGAUGUUGAUCCUGAUAUCAUAAUCGGAUACAAUAUUUGCAAUUUCGACUUUCCUUAUUUGCUGAAGCGGGCUAAUCAUCUCAAAGUCCAAGACUUUUCGUUGUGGACUCGUCACAAGAAUAAACGAUCAGAGGCGACAGCAGCGAGAUUUUCAAGCAAACAGAUGGGGAAUCGAGAAUCGCAAGCGACGAAUAUUGAGGGUCGAUUACAACUAGAUCUGCUUCAAUUGAUACAGAGAGACCACCAACUGCGAAGUUACACCCUCAAUUCGGUCUGCGCACAAUUUCUCGGCGAGCAGAAGGAAGAUGUACACCAUACAAUGAUUACAGAACUUUUCAAUGGAACGCCAGAGACGAGGCGACGUCUAGCGGUUUAUUGUCUGAAAGAUGCAUAUCUCCCACAAAGACUGAUGGACAAAUUGUCAUGUCUCGAAAAUCUUACAGAAAUGGCUAGGGUCACAGGUGUUCCAUUCAAUAUGCUUCUUUCCCGUGGUCAACAAGUCAAGUUCGUCAGUCAAGUUUUCAGAAAAGCACGAGAACAGAAACUCGUCGUGCCUAAUCUCAAGACUUCGGGAGCGGAACAGGACUAUGAUGGUGCCACAGUCAUUGAUCCAACAAGAGGAUAUUACGACGUGCCAAUUGCAACACUGGAUUUCGCAUCGCUAUACCCCAGUAUCAUUCAAGCGCACAAUCUCUGUUAUACAACACUACUUACGAAGGAAGCUGUCAAGACCCUGGAUCUGAAAGAAGGCGAGGAUUACAUUGUCACACCCACCAAAGAAAUGUUUUGUACUGCUGCACGAAGAAAAGGACUGCUCUCUCAAAUUCUUGAAGAGUUGCUCGGAGCGAGAAAACAAGCUAAGAGGGAGUUGGCACAAGAGACUGAUCCUUUCAAGAAGGCUGUGUUGAAUGGUCGACAAUUGGCGUUGAAGGUCAGUGCCAACAGUGUGUACGGUCUUACUGGUGCGGCUGUUGGUAAGAUGCCUUGUUUGCAAAUUGCCAGUAGUACCACAGCCUAUGGACGAAAAAUGAUUGAAAAGACCAAGGCGGAGGUGGAGGCAGAGUACACAAUUGCGAAUGGCUACAGUCAUGAUGCCAAGGUCAUUUAUGGUGAUACUGAUUCUGUCAUGGUCAAAUUUGGCGUGCAGGAUCUAGCCGGUGCGAUGGAGUUGGGUGAGAAGGCUGCACAAUUUGUGUCAAAGAAGUUUGAGAAGCCCAUUAAGCUGGAGUUCGAGAAGGUUUACUAUCCAUAUUUGUUGAUCAACAAGAAGCGAUAUGCUGGAUUGUAUUGGACAAAUCCAGACAAGUACGACAAGAUGGAUACCAAGGGCAUUGAAACUGUUCGGCGAGAUAAUUGUCGAUUGGUUCAGAAUGUCAUUGAGACUGUUUUGAGGAUGAUUUUGAUCGAUAGAGAUGUUCCUGGUGCAGAAAGUUAUGUAAAAGAUACAAUUUCCGACUUACUGCAGAACAAAAUCGACAUGUCGAAGUUGGUCAUCACCAAAGCACUUUCUAAGGAUGACUACGUUGGUAAACAAGCUCACGUCGAACUCGCUGCGCGGAUGAAGAAACGUGAUGCUGGUUCCGCUCCUGGACUAGGUGACCGUGUAGCGUACGUUAUCAUUAAAGGAUCAGCUGGCGCCAAAAACUUUGAACGUUCAGAAGAUCCAAUCUACGUACUCGAAAACAACAUACCCGUCGACACAAAAUACUACCUUGACAACCAACUUGCCAAACCUCUAGGAAGAAUCUUCGAGCCCAUCUUCGGCGAAACGCGAGCAAACUCCCUCCUUACAGGUGAUCACACUCGCUCCGUCGCCAUCGCCGCCUCCACCGUCGGCGGCCUCAUGAAAUUUACCAAGAAGACAUUCACAUGCAUGGGCUGCAAGAAACCCCUCACCCGCAAAGAAGAAGCAGGAGGCGCGGUGUGUUCAGAUUGCGCGCCGCGUAUUGGAGAGCUAUACACGAAAACGCUGAAUAAAGUCUCGGAUCUCGAGGUGCGGUUCAGUAGACUGUGGACGCAGUGUCAACGAUGUCAGGGGAGUGUGCAUUGUGAGGUUAUUUGUAGUAGUAAGGAUUGUCCGAUUUUUUAUAUGCGGAUGAAGGCGAAGAAGGAUGUUGAGGAUGCGGGGAAGGAGUUGGUUAGGUUUGAUAAGGAUUCUGCUGCUUGGUAG